AUAUCGUGUUUGGUAUGGUCCGCUCCUCCCCCAUCCUACGUUUCGCUAAUGGUAGUUUCUAUGAGGAGAAGGUCAAAUUGCUCCGCAUGUCCGCCGCUGUGUAGCCGCGCCACUGCGACGUAUGCCGCGCGCCCCGACGGAGCGGUGAGACGACCAGCCAGCGUUUCCGUGUUCCCACACACACGUCCGAAGCCGCCCGUCACAUCAUGACCUCAGGCCCCGGUGUGAAAAUUUGAAAGCUCAACCUCAACCUCCCGAAGCCUCUGAGUAGAAAAGAGAAGACGCUGCCAAGAUGUUCAGCACCAAAAGACUGAAGAAGAAGUCUCAGUCGGUGGAUAUUGCCAAUCAAGGUUUCUCCUCGACACUUGUGCCGGCCUCACCCCUUGACAAAGCUCCGCCACCUGUUGCCAAGACAACCACGGUCUUCGCCUUCCAGGAAAAUAAUACUACAAAUUCCCAACUCCGCAGUCCCCGGUGCGGUGAACUAAAGCGAGGCUACACCAUAGAUACCGGCCAGAAGAAGACCCCAGAGAAGAAGGAUGGGAGGCGGAUGUCGUUCCAGAGACCCAAAGGGACCAUCGAAUAUUCUGUGGAAUCGCGGGACACGUUGAACAGCAUUGCGCUCAAGUUUGACACCACUCCCAACGAGCUGGUUCAGCUGAACAAGCUGUUCUCCAGAGCAGUGGUGCCUGGCCAGGUCCUGUACGUCCCUGAUCCUGAGUACGUAUCCAGUGUUGGCAGCUCCCCUUCCCUCAGUCCUAUCAGCCCCCUGUCUCCCACCUCCUCAAAAGCUGACUUAGAGAAGGUGACGGAUUCUGAUGGCCCUCCCAGACCAGAGGGCGUUCACCCGCCAGUGUUUUCAGCCCUGCGCCAAUCCAGAGUGGUGUCAUCCACCUCCGAGGAGGAAGAGGCUCUCACAGAGAAGUUCCUCAAGAUCAACUGCAAGUACAUCACAGAUAGCAAGGGUGCAGUGAGCGGUGUGUUAUUGGUGACACCCAACAACAUCAUGUUUGACCCUCACAGAAUGGACCCCCUGGUGCAGGCCCACGGCUGUGAGGAGUAUGGCAUUAUGUGCCCCCUGGAAGAAGUCCAGUCCGCUGCCAUCUAUAAGGAGAUUUCUGACCCCAAAAUAAGAGAGGCUGUACCUAGUGACUUGGAGCCUCUUCCGCCAGAGAGACAUCCCUCCCAGCAGAGAGAUGCAGAGCAGCGCCUGAGGGACCCGGGGACCAGUGACAGUGGCAGCACAGCACCACGCAGCACCGAGGGCUCCAUCUCUGAGGAUGUGUUCACCGAGUCAGAGCUCUCCCCUAUCCGGGAGGAGGAGCAGGUAUCUAAUGAGGAUCUCAGACUGGACAAGUCCUCCGGUGCCUCCACAGAGUCUGUGCAGACUGUCACCCAGGUGGAGGCCACCAGAGCCGGCCUCCAGGCCCCAGGCAGUGCACAUGGUUCAGUCAGCCAGCCAGAGGACCCUAACGUUAUGAAGGCAUCAGCCACAGCAGAAGACAAUCCACCAAACACUGCCACAGAAAACCAGAGCCAGUCCCCGGUGGGAUCUGAACAGCACAGUGAAGAGAAACCGCCAAGCAUACCCACUACCACUGCCACCACCACCAGCAGUACCACUAGCCAGGCCCAGGAUCCCAGCAUCAGCUCCUCUCAUCCAGCACCCCAAGGCUCAGCCACCCCUGGUGCCACAGACCCCUCCAUCUCAGCUAGCGCAGAAGAGGGGGCCAAGGAAGGGACCGGGGAAGCCAAAACGGACACUAUGCAACAAGCCAGGGAACAAAAGGAGAAUGAUGAACAGGUGGAGAAGGAGAGCAGACAGAGCUCUGGAGAAGGGUCUGUAGAAAGGCAGAAGACCCGGACUCACAAGUUUCUGUGCCUAAGGGUGAGGAAACCCAUGAAGAAGACAUUUGUUUCAAACGCCAGCGCCUCCAUGCAGCAGUAUGCCCAGCAGGGCAAGAAGCACGAGUACUGGUUUGCUGUGCCGCAGGAGAGAUCAGAGCACCUGUAUGUGUUUUUCAUCCAGUGGAGCCCAGAUAUAUAUGGGGAGGGGAUGAGGGGGGUGGGACGGGAACCUGGAUUUAUGGUUGUCAAGAAGAAUGAGGAGUCUGACACAGCCGAAGAUGAGCCCAUCACUGACAUCAAUGUAAAAGACUGGGAGGUAGUGUCUCUGACCGAGUACCACCGUCGGAUUGAUGCGCUAAACAGUGAAGAUCUGCGCUCGCUCUGCAAACGACUCCAGAUAACCACCAAGGAGGAGGUGAACGCUAAGCAUGGCGCAUCCAUCAAGACUGAGCUGGAACCAGAGACAUUCAAACCCAACCUCAGUGAACCCAGUGACCUCCUCGAGGCAGACCAGAUAGAGAAGCUUGCUAGGAAUCUCCCACCACGGACCAUUGGAUAUCCAUGGACGUUGGCCUUUGGCACAUCGAAACAUGGCAUGAGCAUUAAAACUCUAUACAGAACCAUGCAAGGGCAGGACACUCCUGUGCUUAUGGUGAUAAAAGACAGCGACGGCCAGGUGUUUGGAGCAUUAGCAUCUGAACCCUUUAAGGUCAGCGAUGGCUUUUAUGGCACCGGAGAGACCUUCCUUUUCACCUUCAACCCAGAGUUUGAGGUGUACAAAUGGACAGGUGACAACAUGUUCUUCAUCAAAGGAGAUAUGGACUCCUUAGCUUUUGGUGGAGGAAGCGGGGAGUUUGGCCUGUGGCUGGACGGUGACCUUUACCAUGGCAGGAGUCACUCCUGUAAAACAUUUGGGAACCCCAUGCUGUCCAAGAAAGAGGAUUUCUAUGUGCAGGACAUAGAGAUCUGGUCAUUUGAAUAACACAGCACUAAACGGCACAGGGGGAAAAAAACAAGUCCUGAAAAGGAUAAAGGAGUCAUCCUCCUUUAGAACAAUGGCAACGUCCCAAACCUAACUGCACAUCACCAGGGCUCCCCAGGCAGGAAGCCAUUUAUUGGAUGCUUGUUGUGCGUUACUACUGCAGUUAUUACAGAGCUUUUUUUCUUUGUGAAAAAUUACGUUCGUGUGUAUCUUGUUACAGCCUUGUGCAGCGUCUUUGCAGAGUAGGGGGGAGUGUGUGUGUGUGUGUGUGUGUGUGUGUGUGUGUGUGUGUGUGUGUAAAACAGUAAAAAAAAAAACAGGGUAAAAAGAAGGAGAGAAGGGUUUUUGUAAGGAUAAAGAGAGGGAAGUGGGACGAGAGAGAAAGAAGAGCCUUUAAGGGCCUUGAAGAAGGAAGGUCCAUCGGAGCUACUCUCCCUUGAGAGAUGGUGAAGAUGAUGGAGGCUCAGGUUUGGGACUGCCGUGGGAAGACAGAACUGCCCCUACUAGACCAGAUUCUGUAUCUUGAAUUGUACAGAAAAUCGCGGCGUCCCCACCACCCUCUCUUAACCCCUCCCCACAACUUUGUUCAGUUGGUAGGAUGGUUUCUCACUAUGUGUGUGCUGUCAGCCUUGACGGAGAGAGACCCGGAUGGCGGGAAGGGGGAGGGGCAAAAAAAAACAACAACAGGCGCACUGACGGAGGCAAAACACAUUCCAUUGCUCUUGGUGGUGGUGGAGUAUCAAAACAAGUGCACCGGUCCAGAUUUGCGGUAAGAAAUGCAAGUGGCGUCAGCAGCGGGAUACGACAAACACUUAACUCGGAGAUGGGUGAAUGCUGUCGGGGUGGAAUGAGGUCUUGACAGUACGUCUUGGGUUGUCUUCUGAGGCUAAACUGUAGAGUAUCGUGUAUUGUAGUCCUCCUGUUGUUCAUCGUCAUAGCACACCAUCUCAAAGCACAUAGCUAUAAUCAGAAUACCCAUCGUCGUAACGUUCUGUUCAGUUGGUGUACGUGUGAGUCCAGCUCACGCCAGCUCCUCCUUCAGGAAGCUGCGUGUACUGUUCGUAGACAGUAACGUGUUGCAAUAGAUUUGUGGAAUAUGCAAAUUACUGUCCUGUGACCUCAGAUAACGCGGGUUGUGGCACUUUUGCCGUUACCUGCCACUCUUUCGAGAGAGAAACUUGUAAAGCUCUUACGUCUUGAUACACAAUUGCUUUUCUGGGUAUAAUUUGAAAAGCGUGGUUAACUGUUUUACAUGCAUAUAUGACAAUUAUAUAUAUUAGUAUAUAUGAUUAUAUAUGGAUAUAUAUAAUCAUAUAUAUUGCUGUUAAGUGUGACAGUGAUCUUUUUGUGCUGAUAUUUCAGCUGUUACAAAUAUAAUGUAUAUUACCCUGUAAAUUAAUGUUAAAAUAGUAGAUUUGUUCCUAUAUAUAUAAAUACAUAUACUAUAUAAAUAUAUAUAAAGUGUGGAUUGGUGGGUUGCUUCUAGCACUUUAAUCUGGUGUAAAAGCGUCGAUGCCAGGUUCUUAGAUUCUCUUAGCUGUAGCUGUACAGUAAUCUUUUUGUUUAGAUCAUGAAGAUGUUAACCAUUAGUAGAAAGCUUGCUGCUACCAAUAUCAAAAAGGGUAUACCCUAAUGCUCUGUGUGUCUUAAAAGGAGGAUUAGCUAAACGGUGGGUGGGGGGGGUGUUGAGAAAAUCCUUGUGCGGGGCAUGGGUUCCCUCCUCGUGGCUGUGUGCUGGGUCUUUCUUAGCGAGGUAAGUAGGUCCACCAACUCAUUACAGGCAGAUUGGGGGGUAAAAGGGAUGUACAAGCAGCUUUCUCUGCAACCCCCCGCCCUCCUCUUCCACACCAGUAUUUGUGUCCUUGUGGAGAGUCACGGAGUGAUAAGGAUACUUCCUCUAAUUAUUUCACCAGAAUACAAUGUACCAGUGAUGUAUAAAUACCAAUAAAGCAAAUAAAUUGUUGUAA